CCACCCCAGUGUUCUUUCUUCAUCGCCACCCUCCGAAAACAUGGCAAAACCCUUGUUCGAUUCUCUCGUAUUCUUCUUCUUACUCGUCUCUAUUCUUUCAUCAACAUUGGAGUCUCGUCGGCUGCCUCAGUUUCUCGGCAGGAAUCAGAAAACCAAAAUCAAUCUUGUUGAACAGUACAGUUAUGAGACCAGAUAUUUUGAGCAGAUUCUUGAUCAUUUUAGCUUCAAUGAUCUUCCCACGUUCCAACAACGUUAUCUCAUCAACUCCGAUCAUUGGGUCGGUCCUUCUGGUAUGGGUCCAAUCUUCCUUUAUUGCGGCAACGAAGGCGAUAUCGAGUGGUUCGCCGCCAACACUGGUUUUGUUUGGGAACUCGCACCUCGUUUUGGUGCCAUGGUCAUCUUCCCCGAACAUCGGUAUUAUGGCGAGUCAGUGCCAUAUGGAAGCCAGAAAGAGGCAUACAAGAAUGCUUCUACAUUGGCCCAUCUAACAGCCGAACAAGCACUUGCCGAUUAUGCUGUCCUAAUAACCGACUUAAAAAGAAAUUUAUCUGCCGAGGCUUCUCCUGUAAUCUUGUUUGGUGGAUCAUAUGGUGGAAUGUUGGCUGCGUGGAUGAGGAUCAAGUAUCCGCAUAUCGCUAUCGGUGCACUUGCUUCUUCGGCACCAAUUCUUCAAUUUGAGGAUAUCGUGCCGCUACAAACGUUUUAUGAUAUUGUCUCCAAUGAUUUCAGACAAGAAAGCACGAGUUGUUUCGACACUAUAAAGAAAUCUUGGGAUAUAAUAACUUCUGUGGGUCAGAAAGCAAAUGGUCUUGAUCAUCUUGCCGAGACUUUCCACUUAUGCGGGAAACUUAAGAGCAGUGAAGACCUUUCAGACUGGCUGGAUUCAGCAUAUAGUUAUUUGGCAAUGGUAGACUAUCCAUACCCAUCGGAAUUUCUAAUGCCUUUGCCUGCAUACCCGAUAAAAGAGGUUUGUAAAGAGAUCGACAAUCUUCCUGAUGGGACUAGCGUUUUGGAUCGGAUCUUUAAAGGCAUAAGUGUCUAUUACAAUUACACUGGAGAAGCCGACUGCUUUCAAUUGGAUGAUGACCCUCAUGGCAUGAGCGGCUGGAAUUGGCAGGCAUGCACGGAAAUGGUUAUGCCGAUGUCUAGUAACAAGAAUUCUAGCAUGUUUCCAGAAUGGGAUUAUAACGCCACUUCUUACGCAGAGGAUUGUUGGAACGAAUUCCGUGUGCUUCCUAGGCCUACUUGGAUAACUACAGAAUUCGGUGGACAUAAUUACAAGUCUGUCCUUGAAACAUUUGGAAGCAACAUCAUCUUUUCAAAUGGUCUCUUAGAUCCUUGGAGUGGUGGCAGUGUUCUCAAGAACAUAUCGGAAAGCAUAGUUGCUCUUGUGACGGAAGAAGGUGCGCAUCACUUGGAUCUGCGAGCUGCUACGACGAAUGAUCCGGAUUGGUUGGUGGAGCAAAGAGCUUCCGAAAUCAAGAUCAUCGAGGGUUGGAUUGUUGAUUAUUACAAGAAAACGAAACUAGUUUUUAACAUGUAAGAGUUGGUGUAUAAAUUUGUAUUGUAGGCUCUAACGAAACCGUGUUACCACGUAUUUAUGACAUGAAUUGGCAAUGGUCGCCCUUAGCUGUUAUUUUACACGUUUAUUGAAACACGGUGUUUUAGAAAGCUCGCUGCAACAGUCGUGGGGCACCGUGGCUUAAAACUCGUGUCUCAUCCUACGUUAAGCCUGUGACACACCAUGAUCCAAUGCAGGUUUUUAAA